AUGCCUUCAUCUUUUCCUCACGACGGGAUCCGCUUUGCGGAUGGAAGUCAGGAAUUGGUCUGCUAUUUUAUCAAGUCCAUGCGCGAGGUCCCUAGUGCGGCGGGUCAAUUUGCUACAGGAACUAGUCGGAGUAGUAGUCAGGUGGCUCCGGCGCCAGCUGCUUUUGCCGCAAACGCAGAAGAAGGAGCAAAGCCAACUACAACGGGAACAGCAGACGGAGGUUCUCCAGCUGAUCCGGUCGUAGGAACAACAAAUUUCUUGGAAAUCGGGAAGGCAGGAAGUAGAACUACUGUGCACGGCGGAGAAAACUACGCUAUUUCUUCAGGGAUACAAGAAGAUCAUGACGGGAAAGGAAUCGAAUAUUCAAUACCUCGGGAUAAAAGUAAAAUGAAUCAGAAUCAAUUCUAUGCCAGUCAAGGGUUCUUACCUCGAAGAAAUAUGAAAACAAAAACAUCAACAAGUUUGAAUUUCAUGUGAACGCGCAACUUUCAUGGAAAGACUUUGACUUGAUUCAACCUAUCAUAGUUCAAAAAGUCGAGAGUUUUUUCCGAUGUCAUCAAAU